AUGUUGCUUCGAUCAGGCCUCAUUGAUAUUCAUGCAAGGGAUCUCCUCAAUCGAACACCUCUAUUAUUAGCUGCAGAGUCGGGGCAUGAAUCUGUUGUGGAACUAUUGCUGGCAAAAGGAAAUGAAGAUUUGAAUGUUGAGGAAAAUAGGCAUGGCCGAACGGCGCUCAUGAAGGCAGCAGAGGAGGGCCAUAAACGCAUUGUGAAACGAUUACUUCAGAUGGAAGACAUCGACGUGGAGGGCUGUGAUUACGAGGGAAAUACAGCAUUAGCACUUACUGUUCGAAAUGGCCAUAAAGCGGUGGCCAAAUUGCUGCGAAGGCAUACCGAGUCCCGGUAG